UCACACGGCCGUCCUCGUCGACAGCCCCUCCCUCCGUUCCACUAUCCUACUUCGUCCCGCAUCAAACCGCCCUACUCUUCUACCCCGUCCCUCGGACCGUGACGACGGCCUUAUCAGUCCAGAGAGUGCCUCUGAGGCCGGCUGACCGAUGGCACAGCGGCCAGACGGCCGCAGGCGAGUGAAUUGCACUCUGGAGCUACCUAAGAAGAGGAGCCCCAGCAAGCAGCCAUGGCAAUGAGCGGCCUAUCGUGACCCUUUCGUGGACUUACGUCUUCUGCUUUCAAGAAAGAUUACAAUCUCGACUCUUCCCGCCAGGCGAGAUGCGCGUCUCGUCGUGGGGGCCUCCUCCCCGGCCCGCGGCAU